AUGUCACACUUUGAAACUGGUAGUGAGAGUAGCGAGACUGAUGAAACAUUUAUUGACGAAUUGUUUGAAGCUGUAAAAGGUAAGUCAAAACUAAAAGAAAUUAGAAGAUACACAAAAAAAGUAAAUGUGGAAGAUUGCAAUUUAGAUAAUAUUAAUAUAAACGACAUUGAAGCAUUUGAGUUCAUUGAUGAUAACCAUACUCUUAAUGAUUGUAAUAUUCUUAAUGUUAGUGAUCAAAAUGAAAUUGUUAAUUUAAAUUACUUGAAAAAUGAUUCACAAAGUUGUGUCCAAACUAUUGAAGACUGUAAUAUUACUGACGGUAUUAAUGAAAUUGAUGAUUGUAAUUUUCUUAAUGUUGGUAAUCAAAAUGAAAUUGUUAAUUUAAAUUACUUGGAAAAUGAUUCACAGCAUUUUGUCCAAAUUAUUGAAGACUGUAAUAUCACUGAUGGUCGUAAUGAAGUUGAUGAUUGUAAUGUUAUUGAUGUUGAUAAUCAAGGUGAAAUUGAAAAUUUAAAUGAAUGUGAAUAUGAUCUGCAAAAUAUUGGAAGGAAACGGAAUAUUAGUCCAAAUCCCAAGUCAUGGAGUAGGAACGAAAACAAAUCAAAACGAGUUAGAGGUGAGGAAUAUAUGGGUUAUAGACGAAAAGAAAAAACAAGUACUAAUAAUAUAAUACAUGACACAUUAAGAGGUGAAAGAAAAAUUGGUCCAACUUGUACAUCUAAAAUUUGUGAAAAGUGGAAAACUAGAAAUUGUUCAACUAUCAAAGAUGACGACCGUCUACAUAUUUUUAAUAGUGUUUGGAAAAAAAUGCCAUCGUGGAAGGAAAAACAAAUUUUUGUUUUGUCAUUAGUAAAUAAAAUAAUUUCUAAACAGAGAACUUCAUUAAGUGUGACAUCCCGUAGAAAUGGAACUUUUAUUUAUUAUUUAAAAGUAGGAAAUAACAAAUUAUUUGUAUGCCGUGGUAUGUACUCUAGGCCUUAA